AUGGCCAGGGCCAGAGGGUACCGUGCCUCCAGCAUGUUUCAAGAAAGCCUUGACUGGAAUCAGAAAGUGCCACCAGCUGCAGAUACACACGUCCAUUGUUUAAUUGAAGCACAAGCGACUCAACAUCCUGAACUACAAGCAGUGUGCUCCUGGGAUGGCAGCCUGACAUAUGAUGAGCUUGACAAAUAUUCAUCACAGCUGGCCUCUCACCUAUCAGUAUUUCAUGGAGUGGGUCCGGAUGUCAUUGUUCCUCUCUGCUUUGAGAAGUCUGUCUGGACGAUUGUUGGACUGCUCGCAGUACUGAAGGCUGGCGGAGCAUUCCUCUUGUUGGAUGUCUCACAGCCUGCCGGUCGCCUCGAAACGAUAGUUCGACAGACAGGUGCAACCGUUGGUCUGUCAUCAACAAAGUGUGUCAACAUCUCUGAAGCCCUCGUGGAGGAGACUGUGGUUUGUGAUGGGAACACUCUUUCUGCAUUGACCAAAGAGCAUGUGCACAAGGCAAAAACGGAAUGUUCCUGUGAGGACCUUUCCAAUCCAGCAUACUUGAUUUUCACCUCGGGAAGUACUGGCACUCCGAAGGGGGUUGUAAUCGAGCAUUCACAACUAGCAACCACGUCAACAGUCACUGGACGCCUGUUGGGAUAUGGGCAUCGGUCACGUGUUUUCCAGUUUGCCUCCUAUGCGUUUGACGCCUGCAUCACCGACAUUUUCGCAACUCUCGCACAUGGUGGCACAAUCUGCAUACCCUCGGAAUGGGACCGCAACAAUGCUAUUGUCGAAUCCAUGAACCGCAUGAGGGUCAACAAUGCAAAGUUCACUCCCUCUCUGGCUGGGACUAUUGCCAUCGAGACCGUUCCAACGUUGAGAACGCUUGUGUUGGGCGGAGAAGCCUGUCCAAUUUCAUUCGUCGAGAAGUGGUCUGCAAUACUACAAUUGAUUCUCGUGUAUGGGCCUGCGGAAUGCUGUGUGAUUUGUUUUACAACAGAUGCCAGUCAACGCAAGACAGUCCCCGCAGAGAUCGGACGGCCGGUUGGCUCGCGUGCCUGGAUUGUGAGGCAAGAUGAUUCCAAUGAGCUUGCCGACGUGGGAGAGGUGGGAGAGCUAUUCAUUGAGGGCCCUCUUGUCGGUCGGGGCUAUUUGAAUAGACCCGCGGAAACAAAGGACAAAUUUAUCUGCAGCCCAGGAUGGAUGCCUACUCACCUUAUGAACCCGCAAAGUCGAUUCUAUCGGACUGGAGACCUCGCCAAAUGUCUCAAGGAUGGAACGGUCGUCUAUGUGGGCAGGAUCGACAAUCAAGUGAAGAUAAGAGGGCAACGCCUGGAGCUCGAGGAGGUCGAGAAAAAUGCGCAUGACUGUCUGGUUUCUAUACAAGAUGUUGAAUCCAAACGUAUCGUUGUGGAAGCAAUCGCCUCAUCUAAUUUGAUUAGCAAACAGUUGGUGGCUUUUGUCCAAAGUACUGGGAGCUUUGGCUUCCUGGAUUGGGAGACACCUGAAUGUCUGCCAGCCAUAUGCACUUCGUCCUUUACACAGCAACAAUUCGCGGCAGCCGUGCAUAAAAUCGAGAGCGCGAUGAAACAAGUGCUGCCAGUCUAUGCUAUACCAUCUAUAUGGAUUCCAGUCCGUACUUUACCCUUGAGUGCCUCUCGGAAGGUCGAUCGGAAACGCGUCCGUGAUAUUAUUGCCCCUUUGUCAGUCAAACAACUUGUGUCCUUUGUGACUCCCACCAGUAACUCAGCGCGAAAGGAACGCAGGGUGGCGUUGACGGAGACAGAAGCAAAACUCCUGGGUGCAUGGGCAGCUGCCUUCGAUAUCAAUCCACUGGUCAUCACACCCGAAGACAACUUUUUUACCCUUGGCGGCGAUUCGCUCAUGGCCAUUAAACUGGUAACUGCUGCUAGAGCAAAGAAUAUUGACCUAAGCUUCGAAAAGAUAUUUAAGUAUCCGGUACUGCGUCAAAUGGCCCUAGCUACAGGGACGCUCAACCCCAAUGACCACAAUCAAACUACCAUACCACCAUUCUCCCUUCUUGAUGCACCUAGAGAUGCGCAACGCGUCCGCCGAGAGGCUGCCAGUCGGUUCUCGGUUUCCGAAAGUCGCAUCCAAGACGUUUAUCCAUGCUCACCUAUACAGGAGGGACUUCUGGCCCUCUCUAUGAAAGACGCUAGCGCCUACAUACUCCAGUUUGUAUACAGUCUACCUGAUUCAGUGGACAUUGAAAAACUGAGAGCGGCAUGGGAAGAAGUUGCAGCAAGUACUGCGGUUCUCAAGACGAGGUUCUUCAUUCAUAACUCGGACUUACUACAGGUAGUGAUUAACGAGCCUUUGCGAUGGGGGAUGAUCGAUGCCGCUGAUAUUGCUAGUGCUCUCGCAGCCGUUAAUGAGAAAGAUAAGACUAGCGAGGAAGCACUGUCCCAAUUUACAGUCGUACGCCUGCAGAACCAUCCUCGCCGUCACCUCAUCUGGACUGUCCACCAUGCUCUAGUAGACAGAUGGUCCGAGUCACUCAUUGCCAGCUCAGUUGAGCAAGCAUAUCUUAAGCAGCCUGCCACAGAAAGGCCUCCAGGAUUCAACACGUUCAUCAGGCACAUUAAACAGCAGAGCAAGGAAGCUUCGAAAGCCUUCUGGGAGUGGAACCUGACCGAUGCCCCAUCAUCGAGCUUUCCGCGCCUUCCUCACCCAACCUAUAUCCCCAAGGUGCAAAAGUCACACCAAGUUGUUCGAGUAUCAUUCCAAGAGACUUCGAGCUCAACCAAGUGCUUGCACCCAUCAUCACUAAAAAGAGGUUCAAUAACAACAGCUACUAUAAUCCAAGCAGCUUGGUCGCUCAUUCUCAGUAUAUAUUCCAAUUCCUCAGACGUCGUCACCGGACUGACUCUAAACGGUCGCUCGUUAAGCUUGCCUGGUAUUGAGGCCAUUCCGGGACCGACAUUCACGACCGUCCCUUUCAGAACUCGGAUCUCGCCUGAUAAGUGCAUACUGGACUUUCUCUCGGAUAUACAGAACAACUACGUCGAUAUUCUCCCCUUUUCUCAAUUUGGGCUUCAGAAUAUUCGGCAACUGAGCGACGAUGCAAAUGCAGCUUGUGGGUUUCGGAGCCUCUUGCUUAUCCAAACAUCCACUCGUGCCCGGGACUCACCGAAUGUCCUGAAACGGAAUGAACUCGCUUUCCCCCACAUGGAGUUCGGAAUCGUUAUGGAAUGUGAGCUUUUAGAUGGCGGAAUUGAUCUCCGCGCAUCGUUCGAUCCAAAACUGUUAUCCUUACAGGAGGUCCAGCAGGUGUGCAGGCAGAUGAAUGAUAUCCUGCAGAGGUUAUAUCUAAGGGAAUCAUCUACGACUGUCUCUGAGCUGCAAAAAAUCACAUCAAACGACCGAAUGCAAAUUCUGCAAUGGAACAACAUGGGAGUAUAUCCACCUGUUUCAACAUCAUGCAUUCACAAGCUUUUCAGCAAGCGAGCGCAGCAGCAAGGAAGCUCUCAAGCCAUCUGUGCAUGGGAUGGACAACUAACCUACAAUUCUCUUGAUUUGUAUUCUUCGAACUUGGCUAAACAUCUGCGAAUGCAAUACGGUGUUGGACCAGAAUCCACUGUGAUUGUUUAUUUCGAUAAAUCGCUCUGGGCGGUUGUUUCCAUGCUUGCGGUUCUCAAAGCGGGAGGCUGCUUCGUCCCUGUCAAUCCUGCCGACCCGGCUGGGCGUAUCAAGACAGUAAUUGCAAAGCUUGGAAAGCCGUAUUCAAACGUGAUUCUUACAUCCUUGUGUUAUACUGAGCGCCUUAAGCAGCUUGGGUUAAAGGCCCUGACUGUUGAUGGCCACACCAUCGAUGCUGUUCCGAAAUCAGACUUUAUGAGCAACGACGUCGCUCCGAGCAAUGCUGCAUUUAUUGUCUUCACGUCCGGAAGUACGGGAACUCCUAAAGGUAUAGUGGUUGAGCAUAAAGCGUUCUGCUCCGGUGCUCUGGCUUGGGGACCUUUGCUCAAGCGCAACGAGCAGUCGCGUGUGCUUCAAUUUGCAUCUUACAGUUUCGAUGUGAGUUUGGGAGAUAUAUUUUCCACCCUCAUAUUCGGUGGGUGCGUAUGCAUUCCCUCGGAGUAUGACCGAAUGAACAAUCUCAAAGGAGCAAUCCAGUCGCUUGGCGCGAAUCAGCUCUCUCUGACUCCGACGGUAGCAAGUUAUCUGCGGCCCGAAGAGCUGCCGAAUGUAACUGUUUUAGCCGUGGCCGGUGAAGUCAUGACGAAAGAGGUCGUAAAGAUAUGGGCCAACCAUGUCAACCUAGUGAACAUAUACGGACCUGCGGAGUGCGCUGUAUACAGUGCCGGCAAGGCGGGGUUUCAAAGUCAAGAAGAUCCCAGCAACAUUGGAUGGGCAGCUGGGUGUCUCUCAUGGAUCGUCAAUCCAGAGGAUCCGGACAGCUUGACUCCUAUCGGGGGCAUUGGGGAGCUUUUGAUUGAAGGUCCUAAUCUCGCACGCGGUUAUCUUGGAGACGACGCCCAGACACGUGCGGCAUUUAUCGAGGAUCCGAUCUGGUCCAGAAAGAACGGGCAAAGAAAGGGUCGACGAUUUUACAGAACCGGGGAUCUGGCGCGUUACGGCGCCGACGGCUCUUUACUGUUCAUAGGCCGCAACGAUGGCCAGGUCAAAUUGCAUGGCCAGCGUCUCGAGGUCACGGAGGUUGAACAUCAACUGCGCCAGAAUAUCCCAGAUUCUGUGAAGGUGGCAGUGACAGUCAUAAGUUCCGAGGAUGGUGAGCAGCUUCUAGCUGCGUUUCUCGCAUUGCAAAGUGAUAAAGCGGGGUGCCCAAAUACCGCACUUGCCGACUCUGCAGAGAAUUUGAAAUAUUUCCAAAGCUUCAUAGAAAGUGCAGAUUCAAGGCUGCGGUCUAUACUGCCGAGAUACAUGAUCCCUUCGGUAUACAUACCUGUCAACUCUCUCCCGCUUUCAGCAUCCGCCAAAAUCGACCGCAAAGCUCUUCACAAUUUAUCAUCCAAGCACUCCAUGGCAUAUCUUUCCAGCCUACGAGGUGAUAAAGCAAGCACCAAAACCUCUAUUCCACCUUCCACAAGAAUGGAAUGGCGUAUCCACGACCUCUGGAGGGCUCUAUUCAACGUCGAGCACAUCAGUGUUGACGACAGCUUUUUCGCCCUCGGAGGCAGCAGUAUCCUUGCCAUGCGACUGGUCUCAAUGGCACGAAAGGAGGGCAUUACAAUGACCGUCUAUGAUAUAUUCCAUUGUACAACGCUCCGAGAUCUGGCCCUGACAGUGCAGGACAGCGCCAGUAACGUUGAACUCCCACCAUUCUCAUUACUGCAGGGAGUAGGUAUUGAGGAACUCCGCUGUCAAACAGUCAAGCAAUGCAGAAUCAACGAUCUUGACGACAUUGAGGACAUCUAUCCCUGUACCCGAAUGCAACUCCACUACGUGACAGGCUACCCCGAGGCAAACAAAGACCCAUCAGGACCAUGGGACUGGCAAUCCCAGGCCAUAUUCACGCUCUCGCCGUCGAUGGACCUUUCCAAGCUCAAGGCAGUCUGGAACGCCGCCAUCCGCCGCCAUCCCACUCUCCGUUCCCGUCUCAUCCGCACCGGUUCUGGAAUCUUUCAGGCGGUGAUAAAAGAAGACGGUCAAGAAAUGUGGCAUGAAAGCCAUAAUCUUCAAAACUACCUCCGAUCUGACCGAAGCACACCCAUGAGAUUCGGCGACAGACUUGUCCGUCUCGCCCUCAUCACCACCAGUCCAGACACUACUCCAGAGCACUACUUUGUCCUCAGCGCCCACCACUCAAUCUAUGACGGCUUCUCACGAAGCAUGCUCUUCUCAGAACUACGAAUAGCCUAUACAAACGGCGUCAAUGUGGAUGGGCCCCUCCCCAAAAUGACCCAGUUCGUCAAAUACAUCACCCAGACCGCCGACAAACCCGCCGCCACGGCGUUCUGGACAUCCUAUCUCUCUACCGCAAAGACAAAAGCCCUCCUCACGAUCCGCGGCAACCCCCCACCCCACGAUCUCCGCCAAACCGACCAAAAGCUCACCCAGCCCCUACCCCGGCUGCCCCCGUCCGAGAUCACCCUACCCACGAUCCUCGAAGUAGCCAGCGGCCUCGCAAUCGCAACCCACCUGGACACAGAGGACGUAAUCUUCUACUCGGACCGCUCAGGUCGCAACCACCCUGUCGAAGGUAUCCAAGAUCUCAUUGGUCCUACGACUCUCUUCCUCCCCAUCCGAAUCCACCUCGACAAGGCCCAAACAGUUCACGACCUCCUCCACUCUUCACAGCGCUUCCAAGCGGCUAUGAUCCCAUACGAGCACGUCGGCUGGCUCGAACUGCGAGAAAUGGAGCAUCUCAAACCCAUCCUUCGACAUUCUCUGAAUAUGAACGUCAAGCCGCAGAAUGUGGUAUCGUUGGAUUGGGGUCAGGAUCUCCAAUUCCAGAGCUCCUACGCUAGUUGCGACGAUCCCUUCGGGAUCGAGGUCACUUUGUUGGAAGGGGAGAUCGAAUGGAGGAUAUACUAUGACGAGCGGUUUAUUACGUCAGAUACUGUGGCGAAAUUGUUGAGUGAUCUUACAAGAGUGUUUAAGGAAGUGGUGACUGCGAGUGUGCGGGGAAGAUCAGAGUUGACAGUUGGGGAGAUGAUGGGAUGUCUUUAA